AUGUCGUUCUUCCGCUCCAAAAAGCUGGACCUUGGCGGGUUUGUCAAUAUCCGAGUGAUUCGCGACCACACCAAGCGCAAGGUUUUCGAGCAAUAUGAACCCGAACGACAAGCUUUGCGCUACGUGAUCCGCAACACCUCCCUUCCACAGCGUGUGCGCGCUCAGGCUCAAUUGCAGCUCUCUCAGAUGCACGCCUACACCCGACCUACUCAGAUCAAGAACCGCUGUGUUGCUGGUGGUAUUGCCAGGAGUGUUAUUCGCGACUUUAGAAUUGCCAGAUACCAAUUCCGUUCCCAGGCGUUGGCGGCCUCGAUCAUUUACACGAUGUUCGUCUACCGUCGAGAAGACCUCCCACCAGAGCCAGAGUUUCCAGCCCAGCUAGAUAAACUUGGAUACUUCAUUAACGACAAAGAUCAAAUCCGCAAGAUCUCCCAUCCAGACCAUGAAUUCCAAUUCAAGAUCAACAAGAACCCCCGGUGGAACGAGAUGCAAAGAGAAGCAAUGAACAACUGCGUUCGAAACAUCAUCUCCUCUCGUCUCCGCGCCCUGAGCUUAACCACUCUGAAACUCCCACUUCUCUCUACUCCAGGAGAUGCUCACGUCCCCAUCCUGGUCUCGUCCAACCUGUCCACGGCAUCGCGCAUCAUCGUCGUCUUCGGCGAGCCGAGCCAGGACCUCGGCGUCUGGGCUUACCGUAGCACCAAUACCGAUGGUAUUGACAUCGGUUCAGCCGUCUGCUUUGCGCGUGCCGUGCUCCAUCCGGAGGCACAUAACCUUGGAGCGAAUAACGCAGAAGCAUCAGCAUCGGAAUCGGAAUCAACCCCGGCAUCCGGACCCGGGUCCAACCGCUCUGGAACCGCACUAAUAAUUGCGAACACAGGCCAGUUAAUCUGGCACUGUGGCUCCCAGCGCGCUGUCACGCUGCAGACCUGGCUGGCGCUGCCUCGUGCAUCGGCCGUGGAUCCUCCGUUGACGAUGACGCGGAGGAACAAGAUCCCAGGCAACACUAGCUGGCAGGAACAUAUUGACUGCGUGUUCGAUGAGGUCCUAGCAGCCGGUAGUCGACUUAUUCGAGAAGAUGCUACAAUUCAAGUCGUCGGUCUGGUAGAUGGAGGGUUGGGAGCUAUUCGAUAUCUGGCUAGUCGUUGGGAGACAUGGCACACUCGCCUCUCAUCUAUUUGUCUCAGUAACCCGCUCCACUUCACGCACAUCGACCUCGUGGAUGAUGACAACAAUGACUCUGGGUCAGACGCCCAUCCCUCAGCUAUGAAGCCUACCCCUUUUGCGUCAUUCAUCUCGACUCGGUGUCGCGCAUAUGUCCUCUCCAAUCAGCCACUUGGGCUACCCGUCCGGGGAUUUCAGGACCACGGCUGUAAUUGCUAUUCGUCCGGAGAGGAACUGAACGUCGAGUGUAUCAUGCCCAGGGCGUGGAAACAUAUGCUUGCUUGGUUAGAUUUGACGUAUUCGGAUCCGGAGUAUUGUGAGUCUAGGUUUGAGGUGCGUGAGUUCAGUGAGGAUUUGGUGUCUGGGGAUGUGGAGGUUGAGGAAGUUAUUGAUGGUGACGAGGGCGAUUAA